UCGGCCUACGGUACGCCCCAGAUACCGGUCAACCUGACGGGGGGGCCCCUCUCGUACCGGUACCGGUUCCACGAGAUCCACAUCCACUACGGGCUGCACGACCAGUUCGGGUCGGAGCACAGCGUCGAGAGCUACACGUUCCCGGCGGAGAUCCAGAUCUUCGGCUACAACUCGCAGCUGUACGCCAACUUCAGUGACGCGCUGUACCGGGCGCAGGGCAUCGUCGGCGUCGCGAUACUGCUGCAGCUGGGCGACCUGUCCAACCCGGAGCUCCGGAUGCUGACCGAUCAGCUGGAGCGGAUCCGGUACGGGGGCGACGAGUCGCCGGUCCGGCGCAUCUCGGUGCGCGACCUGCUGCCCGACACCGAGCACUACAUGACGUACGAGGGUUCGACGACGGCCCCCGCCUGCCACGAGACCGUCACCUGGCUCGUGAUGAACAAGCCGAUCUACAUCACCAAGCAGCAGCUCCACGCACUCCGGAGGCUGAUGCAGGGCGGCCCGGACCAUCCGAAGGCACCGCUCGGCAACAACUUUCGGCCACCGCAGCCCCUGCUGCACCGCCCGGUGCGGACCAACAUUGACUUUCGAAACAAACAGGAAAAGGGGGGUAAAAUAUGUCCAACUAUGUACAAGGACGUUCACUAUAAAG